GAGAUCGCUGGAGACCGAAUCUUGGUUGAAUUUGGCUGUUGAUUCCGACGUGGGUGGACCGUGAGGUCGUGAGUGGCUGGGCGCGCGGGUCCCGCGAGGAAGGAGGUGGGCUGGAGGCCGGAGGGCCUGGGGGUCGAGGGCUGGGGCUUCCCGGGGUCGUCUGUAGCGCCGAGCCGGGUUGAGCCACGGCCUCGGACUGCUUGCGCAGCCCCCGUUCUGCUAGUCCAAAAUGGCUACCCUGAUCUUUGUUGAUAAAGAAAAUGGAGAACCAGGCCCUCGUGUGGCUCCCAAGGACGGGCUGAAGCCGGGGUCUAGGCCUCUCAAAGCUUUAGAUGGGAGAUCUCAGGUUGCAACACCACGUGUAGGCAAAAUGUUUGAUGCUCAAGCAGCCUUACCUAAAGUUGCCAGAAAGGCUUUGGGAACUGUCAACAGAGCCACAGAAAACUCAGUAAAGACUAAUGGAUCUCUCAAACAGAAGCAGCCAAACUUCUCUGCCAAAAAGGUGACUGAGAAGACUAUCAAAGCAAAAAACUCUGUUCCUGCCUCGGAUGACACCUAUCCAGAAAUAGAAAAAUUCUUUCCCUUCAAUCCUUUAGAUUUUGAGAGUUUUGACCUGCCUGAAGAGCACCAGAUUGCACGCCUCCCCUUGAGUGGAGUGCCUCUCAUGAUCCUCGAUGAGGAGAGGGAACUCGAGAAGCUGUUGCACCUGGGCCCCCCUUCACCUCUGAAGAUGCCCUCUCCACCAUGGGAGUCGAAUCUGUUGCAGUCUCCAAGCAUUCUGUCGACCCUGGAUGUUGAAUUGCCACCUGUUUGCUAUGACUUAGAUAUUUAAAUUUCUUAGCACUCAGUAGUUUGUGUGUAUGUUUUGUAUUAAUAAAGCAAUUCUUUAACAGACUCUU